AUGUUGGCAGAGUAUUAUCAGCACUGGGAUAAGAGUAAGCUCAACAAGACCGAGUUUCUCGACAAGUAUCAGAAAGCCUUUGAGGCGGCGAAAACAGAGUUCGAACCCACUCAAAAUGAAUACAGUGAACGCACGGUCGUCGUUCUUCUCAGCUACAGCUACGUCGCUCAUUAUAUCUUUCAUGAUGAUAAAUUGUCAAAGGAGCUGGCAGAAGACUUGUGGAAACGGACUGGAGCCAUGUUCGAGAAUUCUCAUAUUCCACAGGGCUGGACUGUCAAGAUUCAAGGCAUGGUGGAAGCUGCCAGAAUCCAAGCUCUUCUAUGCCACGCUAGCCAUGAGAAUAAGCGGAAAAGCCGUACAGAUCUUAAAAAGGAACGAAGAAGUCUUAAUCUGAGGCAUAAACGAGGUCGCCGUCGGCAUCGCAAAGAAGUCCUCGGGGCCCACUCUGUUCUCAAGUCCAGACCAGGAGUGCAAGUUCCUGGCGACAGAGCUGCAUACCUUAAUAACUUCAAUACUGCACACUAG